UUCAGCUAGAUAGACCACUUUUCUUUCUGCUGCCAUUUCUUUUCUGACUUUUUACUUGUGGACUGUACCAAAAUCCCCCACCGGCACGAUGGAUAAAUUCCAAACUGUCCUGCGUUUCCUCAUGAACCAGAAAGCCACCAUCGGCUACAGUUUUAUGGCUCUCCUGACAAUAGGCGGAGAGCGGAUCUUCUCCAUGGUCUCCUUUCAAUGCCCCUGCAACCACGACCAGAACUUUGCCUACGGGCUCACGUUCCUGCUGGGCCCCGCCGUUGUGCUGCUGGUCUUGGGUCUGUUCUUCAACACCAGGCUGUGGAGGCUUUACACGGGGUGCUGCCUCAAUCCCAUGAAGCUCUGCCCGCGUGGGAACUGCUUUGGGUGCUUCAGAGUGUUCACGAGCAUCUUCACGGGGGCUUGCGUGGCUCCGUUGAUGUGGCUCUCCGUGGCUCUGCUCAACGGGACCUUUUACGAGUGCGCCGUCAGCGGCCGCGAUGAAAACCUGGUGGUGGAUCUGUUCUGCAAAAACAAAACCAUGAAGUGUCGAGAGGAGCUGGCCCGAGUACCCUGUGGCAGGUCCAAGUUAUCUGCUGAUGAGCGCAUGGAUCUACUGCUGAUGUUCAGGGCACAAUCCCAGAUUCUGGGCUGGUUCAUCAUCAUUAUCGCCGCCACAGUCGGCCUUUUUGGCACCUGCUACACCAACUGCCGCUCCAAAGUCAGCUUCCUGCAGCGCACCUUCUGGAAGCGAUACGUGGAGAAAGAAAAAGAGCACUUUGACACCUACACUGCGGAGUACGCCUCCAAACUGGCGGAAAGAAAUCUCAGCAGUUUCUUCGACAACAAGAACCCUGAGCCGUUCCCCUUCCCGAACCACAAGGCCUGGGAGCAGAUCUCGGAGCUCUACACCUUCUCCAGGAGCGAACAAUACUACAGCACCCUGCAUAACUACGUGGAGAGGGCGGAUCGGGACUCCCCGCCUGAGAAGAGACCCGUCCUGGAUUUGGAGCGUGGGAUGGAAAUGAAGUGAAGUCCGCCGGUGAAUAGAAAAGCAGACUGGUGAAACUGUUCCGGGAAUUAAAAAAACACUCUAUAAUUGCACCACAUGUUGAUGCCACUAAACGUAGCUCCUGAUUUACACUACCUUGAAUACCAAUCAGCUUCCACUAACUACAACUUGCUAAGUGUACAUUAAACAUUUAGUAUUUAACCUGGUCAAACAUCUACAGGUGCGUUUAGGAGAAAAGAAGCAGGAUAUAAAGUGCUUUUGGUUCCAGAAAAAUGCAAUACUGAGUUCUAAAUUGGAUUUUAGUUUCAAAUGCAUUUUUAUCUGGCAAAGAGGCCAAGGCUGUGUCUCAAGUCCAACAUUUCAGGGGCUGCUGUCCCUGAUCCAUUUGUUGCAAUUUGUCACUUCUUGUUCUCCUUCUGGCCACAAAUGCCCACUUUCAAGCUUUCACUUACUCUAAGUCACUCCUCUUGUGCAACCGACCCAAAAUGACGACCAUUGAGGACGGGAAGUGUCCGUCAGCGCACACUCACCGUUGCGAUGACAGUUUACUGCACUGCAUUUUAGGUUGUCCCGAUCCCAUAUGAAUAUCAGAUAUCAUUUUGAUAUCAGCAAAAAAAACUAAGUCAACUUGCGUCUAAAAUCUCAUCUUUACUUGUGUGUGAUAUCAUGUGCAAUAUAAGCAGUCCGGCAGAGUGUUUACUUGUGUGUCAUAUCAUGUGCGAUACAAGCAGUCCUGCAGUGUGUUUACUUGUAUGUGAUAUCAUGUGCGAUACAAGCGGUGCCGCGGCAUGUUUGCUUGUGUGUGAUAUCAUGUGCGCUAUAAGCAGUCCAGCUCUGUGUUUACUUGUGCAAAGCUGGACAGCCAGUCCAUCCAUCCAUCCAUCUUCUUCCGCUUAUCCGAGGUCGGGUCGCGGGGGCAGCAGCCUAAGCAGGGAAGCCCAGACUUCCCUCUCCCCAGCCACUUCGUCCAGCUCCUCCCGGGGGAUGCCGAGGCGUUCCCAGGCCAGCCGGGAGACAUAGUCUUCCCAACGUGUCCUGGGUCUUCCCCGUGGCCUCCUACCGGUCGGACGUUCCCUA